AUGUCAAGUCAAUUCCCCGUCUCCGACCUCCCUGCCGACGCAAUUUCAGCUCUUCGAUUCUCUCCCCAUCCGAACUCUCGGCGCUUCGCCGUGGCCUCGUGGGACAAGCACGCCUACGUCUACGAACUCGCCGAAGGCAAAACGUGUGCCCAAGUCGCCAAAUUCGAGCACCGCGCACCCGUGCUGGAUGUGUGUUUUGGGAGGAGUGACGAUGAAAUCUACACGGCAUGUUUGGACUGGGACGUGAGAAGAAUCGACGUGCCCUCCGGGACGCAGACCGUCUUGAGCACACACGACAAUGGAGUUCGCUCAGUCGUCUACAGCAAGGAGCAUUCACUGGUCAUCUCGGCGGCAUGGGACUCGACGGUGCACAUCCAUCCCGGUGACGAUGCAGGGUGGUCAACCGCGACGAUCAACCUGCCGUCGAAACCAUUCUCUCUGGCCGUCUCGUCCUCGAAAUUGGUGGUCGCCAUGGCCAACCGAGCAGUCCACAUUUACGAGCUGAAGACCCUCGCGAGCGAAUGCCGGAGUUCCGCCAAUUCAUUACAGAACAGACUCGACAUCGAGCCGUGGCAGAGGAGAGAGAGCAGUCUGAAGUUCAUGACCAGGGCAGUCGACUGCAUGCCCAACGAUGAAGGUUACGCCUCGUCCAGUAUCGAAGGUCGAGUGGCAGUGGAGUGGUUUGACCCGUCCAACGAUUCACAGGCCCGCAAGUACGCAUUCAAAUGCCAUCGGCAACCGAUCGAUGACGUGGAUGUCGUUUACCCGGUCAAUGCCAUCGCGUUCCAUCCUAUCCAUGGCACCUUUGCGACCGGAGGCGGUGACGGGGUGGUGGCGAUCUGGGACGCUGUUGCAAAAAGAAGAAUCCGUAUCUACCCCAAGCUCGCCUCGAGUGUCGCCGCCCUCUCGUUCAGUUCGAAUGGGAAGUAUCUGGCUACGGCAAUCAGCCCAGGGUUUGAAGAUGGCAAAGACGAACUCGCGGAUGGGUCUAUCGGGAUCUUCCUUCGCGAGCUCGGCGAGAAUGAGGUCAAGAGGAAAGCAAAAUGA